AUGACCCUUCUCGUCGAGAAAAUCGGAUCUCCCUCAGGGAGCAGCUCGCUCAGAAGCUGCGGCCCACAACCUCAUCAAGCCCGAAACGGUACUCACGUCUACAUUCUCACAAAUGUCCCGGAAUCCAUCAGGGCCUGCGGCGGCAGCGACCGCUCAACCGAUCCCCUCAUAGCGGAGGAAGUUGAAGUGAUCACAAAGCAGAAAGCUCAGGUGCAUCCUCUCAGUACACCAGCGUCCUACCUGUUCAUUCUCAAGCAUAAGGCUCCCCCAAUCUCAGUCUUCGGUGGUUUCGACCCGUCUAAGUUUCUCCCACAUAGACCACUGCCCGAACUAUAUGAGCCCCGCGACUCCGGCUGCCAAGACUGCCCUACCAAACCGAAGGUCUCGCAAGGCAAAGUCACAAAGCCCACCAAGGAGCAACGUACCUCAAUUAGAAGGGAGGGCCGUGGUGCUUACCGGUCCAUACUUAGGAAGUUAGACGCAGACCGCGACUCCCAGGAAUUAUCUCAGCCCACCACCGCCCUCUCUGAGUCCAUGGACACAGAAACCCUGCCAAGCUGGCCAUUGCACCAACCACCUGAGGCUAUGAUGGAGGCUCAAGCAAUCAUCACGAACGUCGAGCAUGACGCCAGGAACCUCACUGACCCCCGUACCUCUGGCAGGGCUCCAGUAUCGACAUAUGACUACCCCGAUGGUACUUGCUCUCCCGAGAUUCUCCUGAAGACAGUGCCAUCCUUGACGAGCGCCAACAUAUCCGCAGAGGACCUGUCGGAGACACCAUCGUCGUGA